CCUUUUAUAGUCUUCGUUCAUAUUUCAUUAAAAAAUUAAAUUAAAUUAAAUUAAAAUUUCUCUCUAAAAUUGUUCAUCCAUCAAUGGCGAUGAGGAAGCUCUUAUCGAAGCGUAUCUUCAACAUCUCGAAUCAAUCCUCGCAGACUCUAACGAACUGCCGUACAUCGUCCUCCUCGGUAUCCGUACGAACCAGAAUCGCUCCGGAGCCCGGAGACUCCUCCGGCCCCUCGCGGCGGUUCUUCCACAACACGGCCGCGAUCCGGCCGGAGAUCAUGCAGAUGCCGUUGGGAGAGGGGUUGAUCGAGAAGCUCCGCGAGAUGGACGGGAGCAAGGAUCGGAUCCGAUUAGACGGGAUUGGGAUGACGGUGGAGGAUACGAAGAAGGUUCUGAGAGCGGCGCAGGUGGAGAUGGUGAAGACGAGGCUUAGAGAGACGGGGAGGAGCUGGAUGACGUAUUCGGAGUUUGUUGGCGUUUGUGGUGAAGCUUGUUCGGGUGUGGAGGAUGGAUGUAGAGUAGCGAAGAUGCUUGAUGAUUCGGGAAACGUCAUCGUUUUGGGAGGAUCUGUUUGUAUAAGACCAGAUCAGGUUACAAAGUCCAUUGAAGGAUUGCUUCCUUUACCAAAGAUUCAUAACCCAAACGACCCACGAAGAAUAGAGUUGAAAGAGCUUGAGGCAGUAAAGGCAGUGAUCGAUGUGAAAGCGCACUCUUUGGUGCGGAGAGAGCUCUGGGCUGGUCUUGGUUACUUGAUACUACAGACCGCAGGGUUCAUGAGGCUAACGUUUUGGGAACUCUCUUGGGAUGUGAUGGAGCCAAUCUGUUUUUAUGUCACCUCCAUGUACUUUAUGGCUGGGUACGGUUUCUUCCUCAGGACAUCGAAAGAGCCUUCUUUUGAAGGGUUUUACCAAAGCAGGUUCGAGGCUAAACAGAAAAAACUGAUGAGCCUUGAUGAGUUUGAUGUUGAGAGGUAUGAAGAACUGAAGAAGCUGUUUUGCCCUAAGCCUUCAGAUCGUGUUUCCAAAAUUCUUGGAACUAUCGCGAGUUAAAUUUUGAUUUAGAAAGAAAAUGGUUUAGAUUCAAUGUUGUCACAAUUGGUGUCUGAUUUUUCCUAACUAGAGGAAUCCUACCAAAAGAAAAAGAAAGAAAAGAAAAUUUAAGGUAGAUGAAGUUCUCAAGUUUUCAGUUUUCCAAAAAAAAAAAAAUGUUUGCGGCUUUUGUAACAUCACGGGAGAGUCAUGUUUCAGUGUUUUCAUUAUGAUCAAUCUUAAAGUUUAAACAUCUUGUAAAUAGUUGUUCUAAGUGUAAUCUAUUCUAUUAAUACUCAAAGAAUGUGUUUAUGUUUCCCCCUAAACUAAUACUCCCUUUGUUUCAUAAUAUUUGUCAUUCUAGAUUUAUUUUUUUAUCAUAAAUUAAAUGCCGUUUUGGAGUUUCAAG